UUACAGAGCGCGAGAAAGAGUUCCAGAGGAACGGAGUCAGUGUCGGUGUGUUUCACAGACGGACUGACAGACGACAGGCAGGUAGGAUGUUUUCGGACCGCUGACUCCACUUUCCCAGCCUGGUUGUGUUUAACGGCCGUGGGAGCAGGACCGGAGCGGCGACACGGAGCCCGGAGCAGGAACCGCACAUCGAGUCACCGACAGCGGGCAGAGGAGAGGGGACCAUGGGCUCCGCUUCGUCCUCCUACCGGGUCAUUUACCUGGACGUCGACGGCAGGAUUCAGAAGGUGGUGUUCAGUAGGUUCUGCAGCCCGUGUGACAUUAAGGAGCUCUUCUGCACAGCCCUGGGUGUGCCAAGGAACACUAAUCUGUCUCUGCUGGAUUCCUCCGGAGCCAUUGUGUCCAUCGACCCCACCAUGCCACACAACACAGAGAGGUCGCCGUACAGAGUGGUGCCUGUGACUGGAGGACAGCUCGCUGAUAAAGAGGAACUCUUUCAGAAUGUACUGACGCAAGUAGCAGAGCAGUUUUCAAGGGCGUUCAAGAUCAACGAGCUGAAGACCGAGGUCACCAAUCGUCUCAGCAUGUUGGAGAAAAGAGUAGAGUUGGAGGGGAUGAAGGUGGUGGAGAUUGAAAAAUGUCGCAACGACAUCAAGAAGCUCCGUGAAGAGAUGGCAUCCAGAAACAACAGUAACUUUGUGGACGACACCAAGAAGCUGACUCCUCGCAGAGAUGUGCCCUCCUACCCAAAGUACCAUCUGUCUAAGGAGACAGUAGAAGCUCUUAGAUUGCCCACAUUCGAUGCUUGGCAGUGGGAGCCAAAUGAGAUGCUGAGCUGUCUGGAGCAUAUGUACCAUGAUCUGGGUUUAGUCAAAGACUUCAACAUCAACCCCAUCACACUCAAGAGAUGGCUGCUUUGUAUCCAUGACAACUACAAGAACAACCCCUUCCACAACUUCCGCCACUGUUUCUGUGUCACCCAGAUGAUGUACAGCAUGAUCUGCCUCUGCAGCCUGCAGGAGAAGUUCACUCAGGUUGACGUUUUGAUUCUCAUGACAGCUGCUGUGUGUCAUGAUCUCGAUCACCCGGGGUUCAACAACACGUACCAGAUCAACGCCAGAACAGAGCUGGCAGUCCGCUACAACGACAUCUCCCCUCUGGAGAACCACCACUGUGCUGUGGCCUUCCAGAUCUUCUCUCAGCCCGACUGCAACAUCUUCUCCAACUUUGACCCGGAGGCCUUCAAACAGAUACGACAGGGAACCAUCACACUGAUCCUGGCGACAGACAUGGCCCGACACGGUGAGAUCCUUGACUCCUUUAAGCAGAAAGUCGACAAUUUCGACUACACGGACGAGGAGCACGUCACCUGUCUGAAGAUGGUGCUCAUCAAGUGCUGUGACAUCUCCAACGAGGUGCGGCCCAUGGAGGUGGCUGAGCCCUGGGUGGACUGCCUGCUGGAGGAGUACUUCAUGCAGAGCGACAGGGAGAAGGCUGAAGGGCUUCCUGUGGCUCCGUUUAUGGACAGAGAAAAGGUCACCAAGCCGACGGCUCAGAUCGGCUUUAUCAAGUUCGUGCUCAUCCCCAUGUUUGAGACGGUGAUGAAGGUGAGUAUGCAGGACAGCGAUGACAGUGAUGCUGGAGGUCAGACUGACAGAGCUGUAAGUGUGAGGUGUCAUCAGUAG